AUGUCUUUUGCCCACUGUGGGUUACAAGCUGGCGUCACUUCAUUCUCAUUCUUGUUCCAUCAUCUUCAUAUGGUGUCUCAACAACAUUUACCGAGCACAAAUGGGAGUAUAUCAACUUCCAUAAAAAGUAUGAAUUCGCUGUUUUUAAAAGACUGCUACAAAAUGGGCCGCAAUAAAGAACCUGAACAGCCGGUAAGCAAUCCUGUAGAAGCAAAGAAACAUCGAGACGAGUCUGUUGGACACUUCAAAAAUGGUAACUAUGACCGAGCUCUCAACUCACUAGAUAAGGUCGUGAUGGAAAAUGAUGCCAUUGCUCAAGCUAGAUCUAUCCUUGGUCCUACAAAGGACGCAGAAUUCUUGCAAAGCUUCGUAAGAGUAGGAAUAGGUGACGACGAAGAUGAGGCACCGGUCCCCAAAGCCUCGAUCAGUAAGCGCGUUCCAAAUUCUGCGGAAAAAACUCAAACGCCAGAAGCAGAAGAAGAGAGGUCUUCAGCGAAAGAGAAAAUAGUGACUAUUAAACCACGAAAGAAGAAAGAAAAGAAGCACCGUGAGAGACGACGUCGUGAGGAGGAACUGUAUACUGACAAGGAUCGCGCCGCGGCUGUGGUGAUGGGAUCUAGAGACAUAAAAUUAUCUUUGAACAUGAAAGAUAAAGCAGAAAGAAGUAGUGCUCUCCAUUUACCUGAAGAAGCUGAUGCAGGUACACUUUUGGCGUUGUCUCGAGCGGAGAUAAUGAGGGAAAGGUACCGCAACGCGGUGACAUUUGUUGAUAAGGCUAUAGAAUUGGCGCCAGAAGAGAAAGCAGCGUAUGUCGCUCGCAGCAAAUGCUACCUGCUUCUGGGGGAACCACGAUUGGCUCUAGCAGAUGCUGAAACGGCUCUAAAUUUGGAUCCGAAACACGCAAAAGCAUUGCUUCAGAAAGCUGAAGCACUGUACUAUUGUGGAGAGUUUGAACUGAGUUUAGUGCACUUCCACAGAGGAUUGCGAGCGAGGCCCGACUUAAGUGACUUUCGACUGGGAGUACAAAAGGCACAGGAAGCAAUAGAAAAUACUAUUGGGUCCGUAAAACCGGUUUUCAAUAAACCAGUCAAACGCACGAACUCUAAGCCACCACGGCCUGCAUUAGGUCAACUGAUGUCUGACAAGUUAUAUCUGGAGAACCUGCUCAAGAACCCAGACCUGGCUAUUGCAGACAAAAAGAACGGCAUUGUAAUGAAACAAGCCGAAGAAGCUAUUCGAUUUUUGGAGAACAGAGAAGAAUUUUGGAGACAGCAACAGACCACAACUUAA